CUCUGCCUCUCCCUCCCAAAAGAUUUCAACUUACUUCCGACAGCCCACCACUAAAAGCUUCUAGGAGAGACAAACCCAGUUUCUCUUUUGUCUUUUCUUCUUUUGCUUGUGGGUCUGUUUAUCUAAGCUUGUAGAGAAAAGGAUAAUUGUCACCUUUUUUCUUACCUAUUUUCUUGGCACAGCAACACAAGUCUUUUCAUUUCAAGACAUAAAUUCUGUUCCCAUUUUUACCUUUACUAUGGGCGUCUCUCUUCUUUAAACCUUUUGUGUGUAAUCUUUCCUUGCUUUGUGUGAGUGUGUGGGACUGUUUUGGGUCGAUUAUUGUCACUGUUGAUUAUUUGAUGUCCUUGGCUGUUGGAGCUGUGCCCAGUUCGACCACUAACAUGGAGCUUAAUGGAAACAAAAAUGAGGGUGCUGAGGAGAAUGCUGGCAAUUUGGAAACAGAAAAAUCCCAUCAUGAGGUUGGUGAUGGUUCAUCAGACAAAUAUGGGAGGCAGAUGAGUGAGAAUUCCAUGGAUGCAACUGAUCAUGAGGAUGAAGAUGACGAAGAAGGCAACAAGAUUCAUCUUGGUCCUCAAUGCACCCUCAAAGAACAACUUGAGAAGGACAAGGAUGAUGAAAGCCUCAGGAAAUGGAAGGAACAACUUCUUGGAACUGUGGAUUUUGAAAAUGUUGGAGAAACUCUUGAACCAGAAGUGAAAAUUCUUAGUCUGUCAAUCAUCUCCCCGGGCAGACCUGACAUUGUAUUAUCUGUCCCUGAGGAUGGAAACCCCAAGGGCACAUGGUUUACACUGAAAGAAGGUAGUCACUAUAACUUGAUGUUCUCCUUCCAAGUUAGCAACAACAUUGUAUCUGGCCUCAAAUACACCAACACCGUCUGGAAAACUGGUGUUAGGGUGGAUAGCUCAAAAGAGAUGCUUGGAACCUUCAGUCCUCAGCCAGAGGCUUACACACAUCUGAUGCCAGAAGAGACCACCCCAUCAGGCAUGUUUGCCAGAGGAUCAUAUUCUGCAAGAUCAAAGUUUCUUGAUGAUGAUGACAAGUGCUACUUGGAGAUCAACUACACCUUUGACAUCCGAAAAGAAUGGGCUGCUACUUGAAGAACUCUGCAGCAAGAGCACAUCUCUCUCAUUCUCGGCCAUUGUCUGAGUUUGUUAGUUUCAAAAUAUCCCCUUCAGACCAUGCUUAUUUAUUAUUUCCACAAUUAAUUUUAACCACUACAAUGGAGAAGGAGAAAUUCAAUUGGUAAUGCUUUUAAUAAAUGGAGAGCUUAGCCUCUACUUUUAAGUACCAUUUUUCAUCACUCGGCAUGUCCAAUCCUGACCAGGAGUGAAGGCAUCUGGUUUGUUCAUGAGCAGGCUAGGCUCCAUUUAUUUAGUUGGUAGCAAAUCAAUGGUACAGUAGGACUUUUUAAAGAUAUUAGAAAGCAGUCUAGGUAUAAUGGGUUUGAUUAUAUUUUAAUUCCUUUAUGGCAAUUCUUUUAAUGUUGUCAUAUGCUGAAGUUAGUUCAGACGCACUUUUAGCCAAGUUAGUUUAAUUUCUAUUUUUGUUUUCUCCUUAA